AUGCUCUCCAGGAAAAUCUUGGUCGCGUCGCGCUUCGUGCAAGCUGCGAGAGCGCCACGUUUACGAUACCCUUCCCCCGUUAUCCAGCAGUUCCGUUCAUAUGCCGACUAUAUUGUCAAAGUGCCGCAGAUGGCCGAAUCCAUCUCCGAGGGCACUUUGAAGCAAUGGUCGAAGCAGAUUGGCGACCAUGUUGCGCAGGACGAAGAGAUCGCAUCAAUUGAGACUGACAAGAUUGAUGUUGCUGUCAACGCCCUUGAGGCAGGUAUCAUCAAGGAAUUUUUGGCCAAUGAGGAGGAUACUGUGACUGUCGGACAGGAUCUGGUCCGUCUCGAGCUUGGAGCUGCGCCAGAGGGCGGAGAGAAGGAACCGGCCUCCAGCGGCGAGGUCAAGCCCGCGGAUACAGAGUCACCUAAGAAGGACGAGGGGAAACCGGAAGGAAAGUCGACACCUCCACCUCCACAAGAGACGAAACCGGCAUCGAAAAAAGAAUCUCCGCCGCCAAAAAAACCUGAGCCGAAGCAGGCCGAGGCUCCUAAGAGUUCUGCUCCAGUAUUGGGUAGCCGUGAAGAGCGUAGGGUCAAGAUGAACCGCAUGCGGCUGCGUAUUGCGGAGCGCCUAAAGCAGUCACAAAAUACCGCUGCGUCUCUCACAACAUUCAAUGAGGUUGAUAUGUCAUCACUUAUGGAAUUCCGGAAACUGUACAAGGACGAUAUCCUCAAGAAGACUGGCGUAAAACUCGGUUUCAUGAGUGCUUUCUCCCGUGCCUGCGUGCUUGCCAUGAGAGAUAUUCCGGCGGUUAACGCAUCGAUUGAGGGUCCAAAUGGAGGGGAUACCAUCGUGUAUAGGGAUUACGUGGAUAUCAGCGUAGCAGUUGCCACUGAGAAGGGCCUGGUCACUCCCGUGGUCCGAAAUACUGAGGCUAUGGACCUUGUUGGAAUCGAGAAGGCGAUUGCGGACUUGGGCAAGAAGGCUCGUGAUAACAAGCUUACAAUUGAGGACAUGGCUGGAGGUACCUUCACCAUCAGCAACGGCGGGGUUUUCGGCUCUCUAAUGGGCACCCCAAUCAUCAACCUUCCUCAAACUGCAGUUCUGGGGCUGCAUGCGAUCAAAGAUAAACCUGUCGUUGUCAAUGGUCAAAUCGUGAUCCGACCAAUGAUGUAUCUGGCUUUGACUUAUGACCACCGCCUUCUUGAUGGUAGGGAAGCAGUGCAGUUCUUGGUGAAGAUCAAGGAGUAUAUCGAAGAUCCUCGGCGGAUGCUAUUGUAG